UUAUUGCUUCUUCUUCUUCUUCUUCCUAUGGUUGAUUGUUUCUAUGUGAUGUCACUUGUUGAUAUUCCCCAUGGCGAUGGAGUCUUAUUGCCACCUUCCAUGCUCUUAAUUGCUCUCUGUUGUCUUCAUUCUUCACUAAAUUGUUGAUAAUUUAUUCAGUUAAAGCAUGGUAUAAAUGUAGAAACGGGUAUUUAACGGAAUCAAUCUGUUCAAAAAACCAUACGUCUUCAUCUUCUUCCUCUUUUUUCCCAUUAAGCAUAUACAGUGCCGCUUAUUGUCCCAAUCUCCCUUAGCUCCCCGCCCUAUCAUUCCUCCUCUCUCUCCCCGAGAAAAAGCUUCGAACUCAAUCUCCGACAGCAAAGCCAGAGAAUGUUGGCCGUCUAGGGAGAGGGAGAGAGAGAUGGGAGGGGUGACGUCAUCGGUCGCGGCGAGGUUCGCCUUUUUCCCCCCGAGCCCGCCAUCGUACAAGCUGGUGACCGACGAACUCACCGGACUAUUGCUGCUGAGCCCCUUUCCCCACCGCGAAAACGUCGAAAUCAUGAAGCUUCCGACGUGUAGAGGUACGGAGAUAGUGGCCAUGUACGUCAGACAUCCCAUGGCCACGUCUACGCUGCUCUACUCCCAUGGAAACGCUGCCGAUCUGGGACAGAUGUACGAGCUCUUCAUCGAAUUGAGCAUUCAUCUCAGAGUUAAUCUCAUGGGGUAUGAUUAUUCCGGGUACGGACAGUCAACCGGAAAGCCAAGUGAGCAUAAUACAUAUGCUGAUAUCGAAGCUGCUUACAAGUGCCUUGAAGAAAGCUAUGGCGCGCAACAGGAAGACAUUAUCCUGUAUGGUCAAUCUGUAGGGAGUGGCCCUACAUUGGAUCUCGCUGCCCGAUUGCCGCAGUUGAGGGCGGUUGUCCUUCACAGCCCCAUUCUCUCGGGUCUAAGAGUAAUGUAUCCGGUGAAGAAAACCUACUGGUUCGACAUUUACAAGAAUAUUGACAAAAUCCCAUAUGUCAAUUGCCCAGUUCUCAUUAUCCAUGGAACUUCAGAUGAGGUCGUGGACUGUUCCCAUGGAAAGCAGCUGUGGGAAUCCUGCAAGGAGAAAUAUGAACCGCUUUGGCUCGAAGGUGGAAACCACUGUAAUCUUGAACACUACCCAGAAUACAUCAAACAUCUGAAGAAAUUCAUCUCAAGCACCGAUCGAUCCGAAAAUCAGAGCACCAAAAGAAGAGAGAGGCCGAGGCAGGAGGGCACUGACCGGAAGGAGAGAGAAAGGCCAUCAAAGAGUCUGUGGAAGAAGACUAAGCUUCGACUGUCCUUUGACCAUCUGGAUCGUUCUCGGAGAAGCGUUGACUUCCACGCCAAGGCUCGUAAGAGCGUUGACCAUCACCAGAUUGAGAAGGGAAGGAAAAGUGUUGACAGAUUGGAUAGAAUACGGUCCGAGUAAUCCUGCCUUCCCACGAGCGCGCGCGCACACACACAUAUAUAUAUAUAUAUAUAUAUAGGUGAGUACAUACUGUUCUUACAGAACAAAGAACAUGUGAUUGGUGAUUAUGAAGUUUUAUGCAAAUGGGUUGUGGCUAUUGGGAAUGUUUUAUGGUUGGUCAUUACGUAAUUGUUUAUA